GUUUAAUACAUUACUGCUGGGAACAAGUUUAGAGGAGCCACUGCCUGUGUCCGAAGGCAAAUGGGACCAAUCAACUUGUGAGCUGCUGAGUGACACCCUGAGUCCUGCCUCUGAAACUUUUGUUAUUUUGUCCCCCCAGCCUACUUCAAUUAUUUCCACAACUCGGUCACAGACUCGGACAAGUUGCCAGAGAUCUACAAGCACAUCCCACAGCCCUGAGCAAGCUCCUCUGUGCUUCACUAGGUCACACCAGAGGUGGGUGACAGCACCAUGGAGGAUUAACAAGCAAGCUCCCCAAAGGCUGUCUAAAGCAAAGAGAAGAUAUUAGGCACUUUGCACUGUUCCUGAACACUGCUCUUCUUUCCUGCACUCCUAAAACCUCUGAUUUGUGCCCUCUGCUUUCUUGUUGCCAUGGAGAAGGUCCAACACAUCACCCGCUCUGCUCUGAGGAGAGCCUCAACUAUUGAGGUCAACCCACAAGCACGCCAAAGGCUCCAAGAGCUCUUUGUGAAUUUCUGCCUGAUUUUAAUUUGCCUCUUGCUGAUCUGUAUCAUUGUGAUGCUCCUCUGAAGUUCCAGCACUUCUCUGCCCUGUCCUCUAGGAAAGUCACCCCAGGGGGAAGAGAGACCUACACAUGCAACUCCCAGUGCAAGGAUCCUCAUGUGACAGGGGCUAGCACUUGGACUAGAGGGUGUGCCAACCAGUGCUGUGAUCUUACUGCCCACUACAUGCAUUAAAAACCAUUUCCUGUGCAGAACAGUGUUUAGAGCCUGUAGUUACAAAGUUGUGCAUGACUCAAUUUGCCAGUCUCACUCAAGAGAUGUCUUUACUACAUGGGGUAAAGUAUCGGUAAAUCAGAUUAUCUGGUCCCAUCAGGAAUAGCUAGCAGCUGGUAAAGUCGAUGUUUUAGUCAGAUAAACAGCACCAUCACUUUUGGGGGCUUAAGUGUUUAUGGGUUUCUCUGAAAAUCUUUAAGAAGGGUUCCAAAUUUGGACCAUGCCUGCCCAAAGAAGAGCUUAGAGGUACACAGUCCUCAACACAUCCUGGGAAAAUUUCUGCUCUGCUUAGCUCAAGGUGCUGCAUCUCUGCAUUUUCAACUGAAGGCAUUCAAAUUGCUUUGGCAUUUUUCAAAAGAAUAUGAGAAUGAACAAAAAAUCUCUUCUAAAUCAGAAAGGAAAAACUAUUUCAUAUGUUUUUCUCCCUAUUUAAGGGAUCUUAUAUAUGUGACAUCUGGAAGGACUUUCUAUUAUGUUUUGCAGAAAAAAAUUGACACUACCAUAACUGACAAAAAAAAAAUAAAUGUUUUCCGUAGUCAUUUGACUGACAAGACAACUGGCACAACCUGGAUUCUCAGAGUUCUUAAUAUUUGCCUUUAGACAACUUAAUUAAGGCCUGUUCUAAUUUAUGUAAUAAUUUCUUUAGUUUAAAACUACAAAAACUUGGAACUUGCCAAUGUCACAUGCAGUGGCUUACACUUGAUGUGGCAAAGAGAAAAGUCUAGGUCACCAUUACUGUUGUGACUGAAGUGCAUCCAUAUAAAUAUAAGUAACCUCUCCAUCCUCAGCUGCAAAUUCCUGCUAGAGAACAUGCAAGUACUUUCCUAAAGCAAAUGACAGAUGAAAAAGUUCAUCGUAAACAACGAUGCACAGGAGGGGAAAGCACUGCAGAAAUAUCUUUUCAACAUGUAAACCAUAGGCUAUACACAUAAAAGAUGACACUUCUACUCCAGAAAUUGCGAGUAAUGAGACUGAGUGAGACUUCCAACCCUACUAACCCUAUUACAGGUUGCUGGUAUUAAGCAAAAUUCCUAGAAAUUUGAUACAAUUCUCAAAUUCAAAGAAAGCUCAAUAAUCAACAGACAGAGGUCAGACUGACAUCCAUUUUAAAAGAGAUAUUCUUCUAUUCCAUUCUAUGUAAACAUUCUUACUGAUGAACAGAGAUAAUCAAAACAAGUUUAUCUUGUAUUCUGCCUUUAAGACUUAAUACUUCAUGAGUAGAAGCUGACAAUGAACAGCUGAGCAGGAAGGGAAGAAAUCUUUGAAAAGACUGUAUUCAAUGAAAUGCAAGCAAAACCAGUGGAGAAUUUCCUAUCUGGUCAGUAGGUAUGUUGAGACCAGACUCUGAAAUAAGGUUACUCACUAGAGGAAAUUAAGAUAGCUACUUGUAUAAGGAUUAGGGCAAGCACUGGUGAGACUGGUAACACACCCCCACACUUGCAAGUUACUAUACGAGCAUUACUGAUUUGAACUGUCAGUGUAAAUCUCAAUUUCCAUUUCAUUCUGACCACUCUCACAAAUGCAUGAGAUUUUAGCAAGCGUAUUUCCACUUUGAAUCCUUCUUACUUUUCUUCUCUUUUCAAAUCUGUAUUUUUGUGAUGGAUAGAGUUUCUAGCAUUAGUUUGCUUUGGAUGCAUUUCAAGAGACUUCAGCUGGAAAGAGACAGCAGUUUUACAGUACUGAAAAUCAGCUGAAGAAAAAAGUUUUAAGAGUAAAGCAUCAGCACAUUCUGAUGACAUGUUUGGGUUAUAGGUUUCACAAGCCAAUAAUAUAAAGGAGUCAAAGUAAAGCCUUGCUAAAAAACGUAGCCUAAUAAAAACAAACCCUCCAACCUUCCUCUUAUAUACCUGAAAACCCAUAACUUAUUUUAAAACAAUAAUCAAACAAGAACAAAACCAAAUUAUCAAUAAACUGGAAGCUCUACUACUAUUUUACAGCAAUGCUGAUAUAUUGCAUAUACUGCAUGGUUCAUUAGUGUCCUAGGCUUCUGUUGAUCGGAAAAUCUGUUACUAUCCUCUAUAUCACCAAUUGUCAACUGAACCCAGAAAUUUUAAAAAACCCCUUUUGUAUAUAAUACAGUCUUCUUUGUAGACUCAUAUAAGCUUUAAAAAUAAUAUCUACAGUAUUUUUAUUUAAUAAAAGGGCUGCUUGAAAAAUAUUAAUGCAUAAAAUAUAUCCAAUCUUGUUUAGAAAGAAGCAUCUCUUCUAUUAUUUAUUCAUUAAAGUUAUGUGAAAAGAAGAUAAUCCUCAUACAGGCUAAUUCUCUAAAUCUCUAUUUAUUCUGUUUUGGUUUUCAAGAGUAAUAUUGACUGUUUUGCAAUGUCCAGGUCAUGUACCUGAUUCCCACUCAGUAGCUAGUGCUUGUAACUGUUCCUAAUGAAUUUUCUGCAAGUGUAAUCAAAAAGUUCACCACUUUUAUGAGCCAUAAUAAAAACUGCAAACAUGUACAGCACGUAGCUUGAAUUAAGUUUUCAGUUCUCUGCUCCACUCCACCCAAGCCUAAUCUUUUUCCUAAACUCAUCUUACACAUUAAUAGUGAAUAAAGACAGCUAAACAGGCAAUAACCUGGUAUUACUCUUCCUCCAAAAAAACGACCAACUUCCACGACAAUUUUAUACUGGGAAGGAGUUGAAUUAGGAACCAAAGUAUGCUGGUUUAAAAGAUGUGUUUCCUCAGUCAGUUCUUCAGCAAAAAAUGAUAUAAUAAUUGAUUCAAUAAUGGAAUAAUUGAUACUAUUCUCUACGUGAAAACAUUACCCAUUUAAAACUUGAAACUUUGCUCUGACCAUGACUAGUCCGUAAGGUGUUUUAGAAGGCAGCAGUUACUUGCAGUUCUCUAAUAACUGUUCUACAUCCACUCACCAACAACUUCCCUUCCUGAAUCACUUAGUGGACCACCAGAAUUGAACCACUCAGUGGGCAGACAAGAGUAAAACAGCCUUAAACAAAAUUAUUCACACAACUGCACAAAGAACAUUUGUCAAAGAAUGUAUGCACAAAAUGUUUGUCAUCCCCCUGCACAAAGAAUUUUAAUGUAA